UUGUACGAUUCUUCUGAAUUUUAUCUCGUACUCAGUGAAGUCGUUGUUGAAGUUCACGUUGCCUUUACUUUCAAGUUAUCUUUACUGUUAUGUAUGUGUGAACGCGGAACGGGUGUGCGCCUUAGUAUGUGCGAGCGAAUCAGUUGAAGUCAAUUCAAUUCCAAUCAUCAACGAAUAAAUACGCUAUUUUGUUAGCAGUAAGUAAAAUACACUACAUUUUGGUGUAAGAAGUGAGGAUCCAACAAAAAGUGCGAUCCAGCAGUGUAAUUCAACAAAAGUACGACCCUACAGUGAGAAUCAUAACGAUGGCUGAAAACAAAGAACUUUUGGAGACGAUCGGAGCGAUGCUCGCAAAGGCAAUUACUUCGGCUUCAUCACGAGUGCGAACAAAGCCGGAGAAUCGCGAGCCACCAGUACCUAAAUUUUCAAUGCCAUAGUUCGACAGCAAGAAAGAAGAAGCUGUGGCAGAUUUUUUCGAGACGAUGGAAUGGGCUCUCGACUUGAGUUGAAUUCCCAAGGAACAACACGGUCAGUACGCGAGAGUGUAUAUGGGAGUCGAGCUCAACACCGCUCUGAAAUUCCUCAUUACUCCACGCGAUCCGGAAGAGCUGCAGUUCCACGAAAUCAAGAACAGUCUCGUAGCACAUUUCGAUCGGGCCACUAACAAAUACGUAGAAAGCGUCAAAUUCCGGACCUUAAUUACCCAACAGAAGGGGGAAACCAUCGCCCAAUUUGCACUGCGCCUAAAACGAGGCGCCGCAUAUUGUGAGUACGGUGAAUUCCUAGACCGCAUGCUUAUCGAACAAUUGUUGCAUGGAUUAGAAGCGCGAGACAUGUGCGACGCGAUCAUACAGAAGAAGCCGAACACGUUUCAACAGGCAUAGGAUAUUGCAAAUACGUUGGAAGCAGCCCGAACUACAAAAAAAGAAAAUCUACGGCGAUACACCAACAGUGGAAGGUACGAACAAACUCGGCUACGAAAAUCCGAGCACAAAGAAAACA